AUGGAAGCCCUCAUUGAAGAAGUCCGAAGACUGGCCAAGUCUGGCGAUGAGAAGACACGGAAAAAUAUAUUGGAUGAAUUGAGUGCCCUCAGCACCUCAAUCGAGUCUCCCGAUGACACGGUCCAGCGCUUUACAUUUUAUAACAUGCAGCUUGCUGCCAUUCGCACUGCUAUCGACCUAAAGCUGUUCGAGCUGCUAUCUGAAAAUAAAAUACCCCUCACUGUAGCCCAGAUCAGUGAGAAGACUGGUGCAAAUCCAGUGUUCCUCGGCCGCAUUCUUCGUUAUCUGGCUUCAUACCACGCAGUCCAGGAAGUGGACAAGGACUUGUUCACUUCAUCAAAUAUCUCAAAAACAUUUUCCCAGCCCGGAUUUCAGGCUGGUGUUGGUCAUCUCUUCGACAAUGCCGGCCCGUCUAUCCAAGAAUUCCCCACCUUCAUGAAAGAGAACGACUAUCCCGAUGUACAAGACAACGUCAAAACAGCCUUUCAAAAGUCUAUGAAAACAGACUUACCUGCAUUCUUGUGGCUCCAACAGCACCCCAAAAAUCGGGAUUUCUUCAAUUUGCACAUGAACGCUAACCGGGAAGGUAUGCCCAUCUUUCUGGAGGUGUACCCCGUUCUCAAAAGAGCCACCGGCUUGAGCCCCGAGCGCACCUUGUUUGUAGACAUUGGAGGCGGAAUAGGCCAACAGGCAAUUGCCUUUAGGGAAAGAUAUCCCCAGCUUGAAGGUCGAGUGAUUGUCCAGGAUCUUCCUCAAACAACAGAACACGCGAUACAACACCCUGGUGUGGGGGCUAUUGCAUACGACUUCUUUACCCCACAGCCUAUCAAAGGAGCCAAAUUCUACUAUCUGCGGAAUAUCUUCCAUGACUGGCCUGACCACAAAUGUCGGGAGAUUUUGAAGAAUAUUGUCGAUGCUAUGGCACCAGACUCCUAUAUCCUCAUUGACGACAUGGUUCUCCCGAACGUUGGUGUACACUGGCAACAAGCACAAUUAGACAUGUUGAUGAUGGCUGCUCUAGGUGCUCGAGAGCGAACUCAUGAGCAGUGGGACCAACUCGUCAAGAGUGCGGGGCUGAAGGUUAACGGCGUGCACACUUACACUGCGAGCCUGAAGGACAGUAUUAUCGAAGUUGGCGCAGCCUUAUCUACUACAAACUAG